CAGCAGAAAGCCGACGGCUUCACGCACGUAAAAAAAAAAAAGAAAAAGAAAAACACAGCCUCGGCCAGCUUAUCAAUAGACACGCCGCGAGUUUUCUGCUUUUCGGGACUACUUAUUUUUUUUGGCAGAAAUCGUUAAUGCGAAAAGAAUGACACGCAGGUUCUGCCCGGAAUUUGCAGGUGUGUCUGAUGACGGAGGCUCCCGCUGAUUUGACGGACAUCGCCGAAGUUAGACACUCGGUUCGGGUCGACCCAUCAGCAGCGGGCUCGGUCCUCCGGGAUUCUCCGGCCUUUGGGCUAAUCCGCUUCCCUGGAGACCCCGUGAGCUCCGGUCCCUGUCUGCUGAUGCUGCAGUGAUAUGGGAGACUGGGGGUUGACUGAGACAUCGAUGGAUAAUUAUGAGAUCUCCAUCUUAUCACAUGUGGCGAUGUCCCCCUCCAGGCACAACAACCUCAUGUCUGCCUAUUCCCUGCCUUCCUCUAAAAGCUCCUACAGUGUGAUAAGUGCUUUCUGCACUGAAGACAACAUUCCUCAAUGCAUUUCCUACAUCAAUCAGGAACUUGGCUCGCUGGGCCUCGCCGCACACAUCCAGGCCGACCCCCCCGGGAGAGCCAGUCUGAAUGCAGCGCCGGCGCUGAACGCCAUGUAUGAGCUGCUGCAGAUUCACAGGAGGAGCAUGAACAACGUAGAGGAGCUGGAGAAGGAGCAGCUAAAGAAGACCAGCACCUUGGAGCACAUGCAGACGAGCAAUUCCAGACUUAAGGACCAGUUGGAACUUUCCAUACGAGAAAAAUCGGGCCUGCAUGAGACGGAGAGGCAGCUCCAACUCAAGCUGAAGACUCUCCAGAGCUGCUUAAAAACAGAAAAGGAUGAGGUCCAAAAGCUCCAAAGUAUCAUUGCCAGUCGUGCCUCUCAGUACAGUCAUGAUGCCAAGAGGAAAGAGAGAGAAGCUGCUAAACUGAAGGAGCGCCUGAGCCAACUGUUGGUCGACAGAAAAGACAAGAAACUUGCCAUUGAAAUGCUGAAUUCUGUUGGAAGGUCAGACGGGAAAAGGAGCCACUGGAAAACUGCGAAAGCGACAGCCAGCCGUGAGGCUGAGAUGUACAAAUCCCUGCUGAGUGACUACGAGGCCAGUCAGAGGGCCCUGAUGCUGGAAAACGCCGAACUCCAAAAAGUCCUGCAGCAGAUGAAGAAGGAGAUGAUGCACAUCCUGAGUCCAUGUCCGCCUUUGAACAGAGGAGGCUCUGCGGAGGAGAGCCAGGAGCUGGGGGACUCGGAUAGAGAGGAGAGGAGCGCAGAGACCAGCAGGGAAACUCUGGACCAGUCUUGUGAGCACGCUCGAGAACAGCUGACCAACAGCAUCCGGCAGCAGUGGAGGAAACUCAGGAACCACGUGCAGAAGUUAGACAACCAAGCGUCUCUGGUGCAGAAUCAACCGCCGUCCAACGCAGAGGUGAUCCCUCUGGAAACGCAUGAGCACGAGGUGGAAAGGAUGAGGCUCGAAGUUCAGCAGUGCAAAGAGUUCAUCCAUGCACAGCAGCAGCUCCUGCAGCAACAACUCAACACAUCAUUUGACGAUGAGACGGCAGCUCUUCUCAAUGGCUGCUACACGCUGGAGGAGAAGGAGCGCCUCAAGGAGGAAUGGAGGCUCUUCGACGAGCAGAAGAGAAACUUUGAAAAGGAGAGAAAGAACUUCACCGAAGCUGCCAUCAGACUGGGGCGAGAGAAAAGGGCUUUUGAGGAGGACCGAGCUGCCUGGCUCAAGCAUCAGUUUCUGAGCAUGACUCCCUUUGCAGACCGCAUGAGAUCUUCCUCAUCAGACGGUCAAAGUGCCCUUUCAGUUAAAAGUGAGCCUGAGAUCAGGACGUCGUCUUCUAAAGCUCCACCGGUCAAAUCCUCCGCCUACACUACAUUCUCCACUCCCAAGUCUUCAAAAUCUGCUGCUGUGCCAUCCACGAUUGACGUCUGUCGCACACUCCGACUCAUCCCAGACUACAGCUCCUCCAGACAUUCAAAUCAAAGACGCUGGCAGGAGUCGAGCGCCACCGAGGACGAGGAAUCCUGGCUCAAAUCAAAAAGCAAAGUUUGCUCCAGUGAUCUGAGUAUUUUCUCAUUAGAUGAAGAUAAAAACCCGCUGACUUAGUUGGUGAAAGAUCUACAACUCCGUUAUUGAUUGUCUUGACCUCUGACAAAUCAUUCAUCUCCACCGAUUGAACACAAAUGCACUUUGAGUCGUAUUCUCACAAGCUAAUAAACUCUCUCAUUAUCUAUGUGACAUAUUUUAAGUAUAAAUUAUUGAUUCAGUUGAAUGUGAAGUGGUGGAUUAUUUUUAAUUUGCGUGACAGCACAAUAAAGGAUCUUUUUUCAAAA